AUGUCUGAUGCUGAUUCUCCCUUUUUCACCAUAAAUCCCAAUAACAAUAUCAAAAAAUUGAUUUAUCCCUUGAACUAUCAGAAUCAAAUAUUAUUUUCAAAUGAUCAUAGAUAUUUUUUGCCUUUACCACAAGAGUUUGACUCAAUUGACUUUACUGAUUUAAGGCAGUCAAAUUUUACUGUUUGUUGGCAAAUCUUUGACCAGAAACUAUCAGAUCUUUUAACUGAUCAUAAUAAUUCAUUGUUUGUUCGUAUCAAAGCACAUCUAUUCAAAAACUUGGAAUACAAAACAAACUCUAAAUUAAACACUUUGUUAAUUUUGAAUGGUAAUUCGAAUACUAAUCUAUUUCCUGAUUUGCAAGAUUUUAUAGAUAAUUUGAACAAUAACUCGAUUUCUAAUACUGAAAAAAAUGCAAAUUAUAUAUUUGAUUUGAUUGAAAUUGACUCUUCAUUAACCUAUAAUAUAAAACUAUUGUUAAAUCAUAUAAUUUUAAAUCUAAUCAACAAAAAUGACAAAUUAUUCGAAUCUGUGAGAAAUAAAUUUGAUAAUAACACUGAAAAAUAUAUCAACGCUGAUACUGACUACGAUGCUCUUGAAGAUGAAUUUAAAGAUAAAGAUUUUAAUUUUGAUUACAAUUCAGAUUUUGAGUUUGAUUACGAUUUUCUAUCAACUAUAUCCAGCACUCUAUAUUAUAAAAGAAACCGUAAAUUAAUUUUAUACUUUAAUGAUUCCCAAAAUUUAGAUCAAUCAACUUUAUUGGUUUUUUUUAAUUUUAUCAACAAUUCCUCAUUUUUAAAAAAUUACAUUGAAAUUUUUAUAAACAUUUCAACUUCUUUAUCAAUUUUCAAUAGCUUCAUUUCUUCAUCUAUCUUAUCUCUUUUGGAUUUCUCCUUUUUAAAAUUAUCUCAAAACUCCAAUUCUCUAAUUGAAAAUAUUUUAUCUUCUCUACUAUUGAAUCCUAUUAUAACUCAUGAUAUUAUUGAAUUCAAUAAAUCAAAAAAAAUCACAAAAAAAGAACUGUAUUCCGCCAAUUUAACUAAAGGAAAUCCAAUUUCAAACUUAAAUUUCUUGUUAUUUGGCCCUUAUCUCAUGAAUUUAUUAAAGGAUCGACACAACAACUCCUUGAUUUCAAUCAACUCAUUUGUGUCAACUAUCAAAUAUUCAAUUCUUUGCUAUUUUUAUAAUAAUCCCUUGUCAAUUUUCUUCAAUUCUCAUGAUCUAAAUUUGAAUGAAAAUCAUUUAAUCACUUUAAAAAAUUUACUCUCUUUUAAAUCUUUUAUCAAUAAUAUAUUGAAAAAUCAGUUGUUCUUUAAAGACAAAAAAAAAUUGCAUAAUUUGAUUGAAAAAAACUUGGAAGUACCUCAAACAAAUAAAAAUACAAAAAAAUUAAGUGCCAAUCAACUAUAUUUUAAAAAUUAUUUUGUUCCUUUUGCUUUGGCAAAAUUUAAAAUCAAUAUGAUAAACUUUUUAGACACACUUGAUAUUUUAGUUCUUACUCAAAAAAUAAUUAUUGCAAAUAGCACGUUUAAAGAACAAACAAAUCAGAGAAUAAUUGAUUAUAUUAGCCAAAACUCUUUAGCCGACUCUCCGAUUAAAAAAAAUGUUUCAAACUAUCGAAUUUCUUCGGCCCAAAAAUCUCCUAAACAUUUUACAUUUUUAUCCAAAACUGAUCUAUACUCUAAAAUUUUAACUGGCACUUUAUUAAAGACUGAUUUUUUAGAUCAAUUGAUCUCCAAUCUUAAACAUUUAUUACCUCAUUUUUUAACCAAACUUUUUAAACUUUUGAAAUCUUAUAACACCAACUCACUAAAUAAGAAAUCUUUAUAUUUUAAAGAUAUAACCGAAUUUAAAUUUGAAGAUAACUAUAUCUUAAAUUUAUUUUAUAAAAAAUUGAAAACUGAAAUUGGCAAUGAUAUCAAAAAUUUUGAUGUUAACGGCAUAUAUUUUUACCCAAUUAAUAUUUGUAAUAAUCCUGACAAUAAUAAUGAUGAAAAUUUAAAUGAUGGAUUAGAAAAUUUGCCUAUUCAGGGAAAAUUUGCUUUCUCCACAAUUAUACAUAACUUAGUUGAGUGUUUUGAUAAGUUUUUACUUGAUCCAUUUUAUUUAGUGAAAAGUGAAGUAGAAUUAGACGAUAACCAAGUUCUAUUCCUUGAGAAUAUUAUUGGUUCAAAUUAUUUGUCUAAUUUUUAUGAUGAUUUAUUAUUUAAUGAGGUUUUCACUAUCAAAGACCAUAAAAUUGUUGAAAGCUCUAUUUUUCCUCCAGCUAGAAAUUUCAUCGAAGAUGCUUUGAUAAAUCCCAAAAGCUAUUUAUUUAAUAGUAAAGCCGCUGUCCCAAAUAAAACUGAUUUAUUGGAAGACAAGAAUGAUUUCUUAUAUGAAGUAUCAUCCGAGGAAGAACAAGAUUUGGAAAUUUUUCAAGAUAUUACUAGAAAAAGGAAAUCCUCCGAUGCUAGAAGAUCUUUGAAAAAUAGUAUUGAUAAACAAAUCAAUCCUUUAAAGCAGCUCUCAAAAAUUUCAGACCCAUUAAUUUCGGAAAUGUAUCGAUUAUACAUCGAAGCACCCAUCAAUAUUAAUGUUUAUGAUUUUUAUCAAGCCUUUAAAUCGACCCUUUCUCAACCCAAAUAUCUAGCUAAUAUUUCGAACGCGUUGGAUCAACCUGAAAUUUCAAAUAUUAUUUUAGAUGAAACAAUUGUAAAAGAUCUUCGUGUAUAUCUAGAUAUCAAUAACAAUACGAAGCUAGUAGACAAAACAAAUGAUGAAACAAAUGUAGAUAAUGAUUUGAAAUGGGAAAAAAUAACGCUUGCAUGGUUUUUACAGGUUUUGGAAGAAAUCAAAAACACAGGAUUAAUUGGUACAAAUAGAAAGAAUGUUGAAAUUGUUAAAAAACUAGUAUGGAAAGGAUUAUGA